AUGGGCCUGGAGCUCUAUCUGGACCUGCUGUCAGCAUCCUGCCGUGCUGUGUAUAUCUUCGCUAGGAAGAACAGCAUCCCCUUCGACUUCCAGUUUGUGGAUCUGCUAAAGGGUCACCACCACAGCAAAGAAUACAGAGAGAUCAACCCCCUGAAGAAGCUACCCAGCCUCAAAGAUGGAAAAUUUAUCUUAUCUGAAAGUGUGGCCAUCCUUUUCUACAUGUGCCGCAAGUACAGCACACCCUCGCACUGGUACCCACCCGACCUGCACACACGCGCCCGCGUGGAUGAGUUCAUGGCCUGGCAGCACACUGCCAUUCAGCUGCCCAUGAGCAAGAUCCUCUGGAUCAAGAUGCUGAUCCCAAUGAUCACAGGUGAGGAGGUUCCAGCUGAGAAGACAGAACAGAUGCUGGUAGAGGCGAAGAACAACAUGCAGCUCUUUGAGGAGAAGUUUCUGCAGGACAAGAUGUUCAUCACUGGGGACCACAUCUCACUGGCCGACCUGGUGGCUCUGGUGGAGAUGAUGCAGCCCAUGGGAAGCAAGUAUAAUGUCUUUCUCAACAGCUCCAAGAUAGCUGAGUGGCGCAUGAGGGUGGAGCUGGCUAUUGGCUCUGGCCUCUUCUGGGAGGCCCAUGACCGGCUGAUGAAGUUGGCAGAGUGGGACUGUUCAACGUUGGAUCCAAUGGUCAAGGAGAAGAUCUGCGAGUUGCUGCAGAAGUUCAAGUAG